AUGCUAAUAAUAAAUACAUUGGCUAUUUAUUUACCAGAAAAUAAAAAUUUAAAUAUAUUUCAAUUAAAUGAUGACAUACAAGCGUUAAAACAACAACAACAAGGUUUGAAUAAUAAUACAAAUGCAAUUGGCCAAUACCAGAAAUCAUACGAUAAAAUUAGUGACGUCACGAAGCGUGCAGCUAGUGUACAACAACAACAACAACAACAACAACAAACCGAUGAUGGCCUUAACGCUGAAACAACAAAUAUACGCAAAAAAAGAGGAUUAUCUGAGUGGCUAAUAGCACCAAAUACGCGUUGGUGCGGUAGAGGGAAUACGGCUAAUGGUACUUAUAAUGUAAUUGGUGGCGCUUCGCUAGCCGACAAAUGUUGCCGGCGUCAUGAUCACUGCCCAACAUAUAUUUCAGCUAUGAGUAAUCGCUAUGAAUUAUUCAACUAUCGACCUUAUACACUGUCAUCCUGCAUGUGCGAUCGUAGAUUUCGCACCUGUCUAAAAAUGGCCAAUGAUGAAGAUGCGAAUACGAUUGGACAAUUAUUUUUUAAUUUUGUGCAAACGCAAUGUUUUGUUUUAAAAACUGAGACAAUAUGUAGAAAGCGUGGUGCUGAUGGUAGUUGUGAAAAAGAAGAGGUCAAGAGAAAAGCAUAUUUACGAAAUAAUAAAAGAUUUUAAAUUAAAUAUUUGACAAAAAAAAAAAAAUAUUUAUAUUUUAAAUCAGUUAAACUAAUUUAAAUUUAAAUUUUAAAAAUAUUUUAUAAAAUUGUAACAAAAAAGGAGACUGCUAACGUACUUAUAAAUGUACUUAUAGAAUAUGCAUAAAAGCUUUAAUAUAUGUUUACGACGUCACUUUGGCUAAAAUGAUGAGAAGAGCAUGGCUGUAAUAUGUGUUGGCAACGCAAGCAUUGUCAGCUUUUGAG